ACCACAAAGCUUAAGCUUUAAAUAACAAUGGUGACAAAGAUUCUCGCUUUCUUUCAUCGGCGAGUUUCUCGUCCUCUUACCAGGAGGGAGCCUUACUUUCAAUGGAGAUCUCUUUCUUACACUAUUGAUCUCCCUUCUGAAUACCUUUCUUCUUCGGACCAUUCUUUUACUCCAGUGCAUUCGAUUUCUUCGAACCCGUCUUUUGCUCUUCUGGGUUUUUGCAAGAACAUCGAUUAUCUGAAGAAAGUCCACGCCCUGUUCUUUGUAAGUGGGAUCAAAGGUGAUCUUUUGUGCGAUACCAAAUUGGUUAGCCUUUACGGGACAUUUGGGCAUGUUGGUUGUGCCCGGUUGGUGUUCGAUCGAAUUUCUGAACCAGAUUUUUAUUCCUGGAAAGUGAUGAUCAGGUGGUACUUUUUGAACGAUUUGUAUACGGAGAUUAUUGGGUUUUAUGCUCGUAUGAGAAUGAGUGUUGGACCGUGUGAUAAUGUCGUCUUUUCGAUCGUGUUAAGGGCGUGUAGCGAAUUGCAGGAUAUUGAUGAAGGGAGGAAAGUACAUUGCGAAAUCAUCAAGUUAGGGAAUCCUGAUAGUUUUGUUCAAACUGGUCUUGUUAAUAUGUACGCUAAAUGUAGCCGAAUUGAAUGUUCGCGGAAGGCUUUCGGCGAAAUUCUUUAUAGAAAUGUGGUUUCUUGGACUUCGAUGCUUGCAGGGUAUGUACAGAAUGAUUGCUCUAAAGAAGCAUUGGUUUUGUUUAAUAGGAUGAGAGAAGAAAUGGUUGAGAGCAAUCAUUUCACGUUAGUGAGCUUAGUGACCGCUUGUGGGAAGUUGGGGGCUUUGCAUCAGGGGAAAUGGGUGCAUGGAUAUGUUAUCAAGACUGGUAUCGAACUUGAUUCCUACUUGGUGACUGCUGUUCUAGACAUGUAUGUGAAGUGCGGUAAUCUACGGGAUGCUCGUUCUGUAUUUGACAAACUUUCUUCUGUCGAUCUUGUAUCGUGGACUGCAAUGAUUGUUGGAUAUUCUCAGAGCGGAUUUCCUGACAAGGCUUUGAAGUUGUUUGUCGAUAAGAUAAGGUUUGGAAUAUUCCCCAAUGCUGUUACCAUUGCAAGUUUGCUUUCAGCAUGUGCACAGUUGACCAAUUUGAGCAUUGGAAGGUUAGUUCAUUCUUUGGGGAUUCGGCUUGGAGUUACCGAUCCAACUGUGGUAAACGCUCUAGUGGACCUGUACGCAAAGUGUGGAGCGGUUAGAGAAGCUAGGUACAUAUUUGAGACUGUCUCGGAUAAAAAUUUAAUUGCCUGGAACUCGAUCAUCUAUGGUUACACACAAAAUGGGUUUGCUUAUGAUGCACUCAAACUGUUUCAUCGAAUGAGGUCGAAAUCGAUGUCACCUGAUGCUGUUACACUGGUUAGCAUCUUGUCAGCCUGUGCUUCACUUGGUGCUCUUCAAGUUGGUUCUUCACUUCAUGCUUACUCUAUAAAAGCCGGCCUACUAUCGUCUAGUGUUUAUGUUGGCACCGCACUUUUGAAUUUCUACGCCAAAUGUGGGGAUUCUAAAUCCGCCCGUGUCGUGUUCGACAGUAUAGGAGAGAAAAACACUGUCACGUGGAGUGCAAUGAUAGGUGGUUAUGGAAUUCAAGGGGAAAGUAGUGGUUCUCUUGCACUUUUCAGUGAUAUGAUUAAGGAAAACUUAGAGCCAAAUGAAGUAAUCUUCACAACGAUUUUAUCUGCAUGUAGCCAUACGGGGCGGCUCGGGGAAGGAUGGAAAUGUUUUAAUUCAAUGUGCCAAGACUACAACUUUGUUCCUUCUGUGAAGCACUAUGCAUGCAUGGUUGAUAUGUUGGCCCGUGCCGGACUGCUUGAAGAAGCCUUCGAUUUUAUUGAAAAAUUGCCUUUUAAACCACAUCAUAGUUUGUUUGGAGCUUUUCUUCAUGGAUGCGGACUCCAUUCGAGAUUCGAUCUCGGAGAAGCGGCUAUCAAGAAAAUGCUCGAUCUGCAUCCUGAUAAGGCCUGUUACUACGUGCUAAUUUCUAACUUGUAUGCCUCAGAUGGGAGAUGGGCUCAGGUUAAUCAGGUAAGAGAAUUGAUGAAGCAGAGAGGAUUGAGCAAAGACCCUGGUUGUAGCAUAACAGAGAUGGAAACUAAUAAACACCUUUCGUUUGCUAGAGUAGCAUGUCUUGCUUAAUCUUCGACAGGC